GAAGGGAGCUAAUUCGUUAGGAGCCUUUUGUUCGGCUGUGAGGAAUUUGGAACUCAGUCGAAAAGCCUAACUGCGUCGCGGGAGGAGAGGCCUGGCAAACUACUUUCAGCGGCGGACGGAGACGACGGCUACGUAGGCUGUGAUGUGUAACGCAACAGACGUUGCAUAAAUAUCAGCCCCGCCGGAGCGGCGCAUCCAGUGGCGCCUGGCUGUAGUGGUGGGUUUCGUGAUCUUAUCGGGGGGUCUCGACGUGACUGGUGAUUCGCAGGACCUUGGUGCCCGCUAACAGGUCAAAAUGCAAAUUUUCGUGAAGACUCUGACCGGCAAGACCAUCACCCUGGAAGUGGAGCCCAGUGACACCAUCGAGAAUGUGAAGGCUAAGAUCCAGGAUAAAGAAGGCAUCCCCCCUGACCAGCAGAGGCUCAUCUUUGCAGGCAAGCAGCUGGAAGAUGGCCGCACUCUUUCUGAUUACAACAUCCAGAAAGAGUCCACCUUGCACCUGGUCCUGCGCCUGAGGGGUGGCAUGCAGAUUUUCGUGAAGACCCUGACUGGCAAGACCAUCACCCUGGAAGUGGAGCCCAGUGACACCAUCGAGAAUGUGAAGGCUAAGAUCCAGGAUAAAGAAGGCAUCCCCCCUGACCAGCAGAGGCUCAUCUUUGCAGGCAAGCAGCUGGAAGAUGGCCGCACUCUUUCUGAUUACAACAUCCAGAAAGAGUCCACCUUGCACCUGGUCCUGCGCCUGAGGGGUGGCAUGCAGAUUUUCGUGAAGACCCUGACCGGCAAGACCAUCACCCUGGAAGUGGAGCCCAGUGACACCAUCGAGAAUGUGAAGGCUAAGAUCCAGGAUAAAGAAGGCAUCCCCCCUGAUCAGCAGAGGCUCAUCUUUGCAGGCAAGCAGCUGGAAGAUGGCCGCACUCUUUCAGAUUACAACAUCCAGAAAGAGUCCACCUUGCACCUGGUCCUGCGCCUGAGGGGUGGCAUGCAGAUUUUCGUGAAGACCCUGACCGGCAAGACCAUCACCCUGGAAGUGGAGCCCAGUGACACCAUCGAGAAUGUGAAGGCUAAGAUCCAGGAUAAAGAAGGCAUCCCCCCUGACCAGCAGAGGCUCAUCUUUGCAGGCAAGCAGCUGGAAGAUGGCCGCACUCUUUCUGAUUACAACAUCCAGAAAGAGUCCACCCUCCAUCUGGUCCUCCGUCUGAGGGGUGGCUGCUAAUUCUUCAGUGUUGCAGUCACAGUGCACAAUGAUGGCAUUACUCUGCACUGUAGCUAUUUUCCUCCGUUUAAGCUUAGAAAUUACCAGUUUCAGUAAUAGCUGAACCUGUUCAAAAUGUUAAUAAAGGUUUUGUUGCAUGGUA